CUGGCCAUUGGCUUGCCCGGGUCUGGUUUUCCUGUCCAGCCCCUUAUGAGUGUCCAUUGGUGUUGCCUACCCCCCUCCCCUUCUCUCCCCCUGGCCCUGCCCAUGUUUUGUAUGUCUCUGUCCAUCCAGCUCUUGACGUUCAAGUUUGCAGGGACGUCACGUCCGCACUUGAACUUGCAGCUCAGGGGGGCUUUUGCCAUUUUUUUCAUUUCUCUCCUUCUCUAUCUCUCUUCUUUUUUUUUUUCACCCCCCUCCAAAAAAAAAAAAAAAAAAAAGCCAUGACGGCUGUCCCACAAUUCAUCUUCCCAGCACCAUCUUUCUAUUAUUUCUAAUUUAUUUUGGAUGUCAAAGGCAUUUGAUGAAGAUAUUUUCUCUGGAGUCUCCUUCUUUCUAACCCUGCUCUCCCGAUGUGAACCGAGCUCUCACAAGCCACCCACCAACCAACAUGUCUCGCCGAAAGCAAGGCAAGCCUCAGCACUUAAGCAAACGGGAAUACUCACCCGAACCUGUCGAAGCCAUUCUUACUGAUGACGAACCAGACAACAGCACAUUGGGAGCUGGAGAAGGGGACCAUGACCUCCUUACUUGUGGCCAGUGCCAGAUGAACUUCCCUUUGGGAGAUAUUCUUGUUUUUAUUGAGCACAAACGGAAACAAUGCAAUGGCAGCCUUUGCUUAGAGAAGGCUGUGGAUAAGCCACCCUCGCCUACGCCAAGUGAGUUGAAGAAAGCAUCCAAUCCUGUGGAGGUUGGCAUCCAGGUCACACCGGAGGAUGACGAUUGUUUGUCAACGUCAUCUAGAGGAGUUUGUCCAAAACAGGAAAAUGCAGCAGUCUUCAGAUUCAAUGCUGUUCUGCAGAUUACAAACAGCGACACCAAAGGUAAAGAUGAGCCCAGCAGCUACACGUGUACAACUUGUAAACAGCCAUUUUCCAGCGCUUGGUUUCUCUUGCAACAUGCGCAGAACACCCACGGCUUCAGAAUCUACUUGGAAAGUGAACAUGGCAGCCCACUUACACCCAGGGUAGGCAUUCCAUCAGGACUGGGUGCAGAAUGUCCUUCACAGCCACCACUUCAUGGAAUACACAUUGCAGACAAUAAUCCUUUUAACCUAUUACGAAUCCCUGGAUCAGUAUCAAGAGAGGCUUCUGGUCUUACAGAGGGUCGUUUCCCACCAACACCCCCAUUAUUUAGUCCCCCUCCAAGACAUCACUUGGAUCCACAUCGCAUUGAACGCCUGGGUGCAGAAGAACUGGCACUUGCAACCCAUCACCCGAGUGCCUUUGACAGGGUGCUGCGACUUAAUCCCCUGGCCAUGGAGCCACCAGCUAUGGAUUUUUCAAGGAGACUUAGAGAGCUAGCUGGAAACACUUCUGGUUCCAGUCCUCCUUUGUCUCCCAACAGGCCCAGUCCUAUGCAAAGAUUAUUGCAGCCAUUCCAGUCGGGCGGCAAACCUCCAUUUUUGGCAACUCCACCUCUUCCUCCUCUCCAGUCAGUUCCUCCUCCCUCCCAGCCUCCUAUAAAAUCAAAAUCCUGUGAGUUUUGUGGGAAAACAUUUAAAUUUCAAAGCAAUCUGGUAGUACACCGUAGAAGCCACACUGGAGAAAAACCAUACAAGUGCAACCUCUGUGACCAUGCAUGCACGCAGGCUAGCAAGCUCAAACGCCACAUGAAAACACACAUGCAUAAAUCCUCCCCUAUGACAGUAAAAUCAGAUGAUGGUCUCUCCACCGCUAGCUCACCAGAGCCUGGGACCAGUGAUAUAGUUGGAAGUGCAAGCAGUGCCCUCAAAUCUGUGGUAGCCAAAUUUAAAAGUGAAAAUGAUCCCAAUAUGAUCCCAGAGAAUGGUGACGAGGAAGAGGAAGAAGAAGAGGAAGAAGAAGAGGAGGAGGAGGAAGAGGAAGAGGAGGAGGAGUAUUUAACAGAAACAGACAGCAGGCCAGAUUACAGCUUUGCCCUUAAUCUUGAAGCUGCUCGCCAUCACCAAAAUAACUCCAGGUCUGGCGAAGAGAGCCGAUCUAUGCCUGAUAUGAUGCAAAGUAUAGGCCUUGGUGCAAUGCAUCAUUUUAAUGAUACCUUUCACCAGGUAUUGGUGGAAAAACACAAAAGAGGGCAUUUGUCUGAACCAGAAGUGCAAAGAGACACUUGCGAUGAAGACUCAGUGGCAGGAGAAUCAGAUCGUAUAGACAGUGUUGCUGUUAAUGGGAGGGGGUGUUCGCCAGGUGAAUCAGCUUCAGGUGGCUUGUCAAAAAAAUUGCUUCUUGGUAGCCCAAGCUCUUUGAGUCCAUUCUCUAAGCGCAUCAAACUCGAGAAGGAAUUUGAUCUACCUGCUGCAGCUAUGCCUAACACAGAAAAUGUUUACUCUCAGUGGCUUGCUGGUUACGCAGCUUCUAGGCAGCUAAAAGAUCCAUUCCUUAGCUUUGGAGACUCCAGACAAUCACCUUUUGCCUCCUCCUCAGAGCAUUCAUCCGAAAAUGGCAGUUUACGAUUUUCAACACCUCCAGGAGAAAUGGAUGGAGGGAUAUCAGGCCGUAGUGGCACAGGAAGUGGAGGAAGCACUCCCCAUAUAAGUGGCCCUGGGCCUGGAAGGCCUAGUUCUAAAGAGGGCAAGCGCAGCGACACUUGUGAGUACUGUGGAAAAAUCUUCAAGAACUGUAGUAACCUUACUGUACACAGGAGAAGCCACACUGGUGAAAGGCCUUAUAAGUGUGAGCUUUGCAACUACGCCUGCGCACAGAGUAGCAAACUUACCCGGCACAUGAAAACACAUGGUCAGGUGGGAAAGGACGUUUACAAAUGUGAAAUUUGUCAGAUGCCUUUUAGCGUGUACAGUACCUUGGAGAAACACAUGAAAAAAUGGCACAGUGACCGAGUCUUGAAUAAUGAUAUAAAAACUGAAUAGAGGGGGAAAAUACAGCAUCAUUAGAUCUAAGGACAGAACAAUCAAAUAUAUAUGGCAAGAAGUCUGAAAAGAUAUGCAAAAGUAUUAACAAAUAUGCAUACCAAUUUGGGCAGAAAUAAAAAAAACAAAACAUCUAGCAUUGUCGAUGACGGAGAAGAAAGAGAAGACGAACAUGAACAGGCCAGAUAACUCUAAAUGAAAAUAAGUUCAUCAACUUACCACAAAAGUUCUAGCGGAAUAGCGUUGGCCUAUGUACCAUGCAGGAAUCCUCUCAAAGCCCAAUUACUCCCUCCUGAAUUCUGCAUUAUUGCUCUCAUAUAACUCAAAAUAUUAUUUUGGGUGGUACAUUUUAUUGUUUUUUUUUUUUUUGCUCUCUACUAUGAGUGGCCACUGGCCAGUGUGCAGCACAGGCUUUAAAAAAUAGUUUGGAUUUUUUUUAAAAAAAUGUUAAUGUAAAUUAAGCUCCAAUGGCAGCUGAUUUUUCACCAUUGCCAAUAAAAAAAUGGAAGUCAAAUUAUAAAUCUGAUGGCAAAACUAAAAUAUAAUACAUACUUAAAUUCUUAUCUUGACUCUUGCUUGAAAGUGAAAUAAAUUCAGCUUUGUUGUGUAUGAGAGACACAUCAAAAAAGACUUGUUUAACAGAUAAUAUACAACAUAUUCUCACUUACCGGGGCUUUAAAACUAGUCAACAAGAACAUAACUUUUACAAAUGAGACAUUGUACUCUGAGCUCUAAAAAAACGUAUUAAUACAAAAUGUGACAUUUUCUAACCGUGUGAUAAAUUAAUGGUGUUAUAAAAACCAUGAACCAUUGAGGCCUUUUCAAGUUUGUUAGAAUUCUGCACCAGAUUUAUAUGGCAUCCAUAAUGUGUUGUUAAGCUGCUGUAAAAUUCCAUGCAAGCAUGACCUACUGUCCAGAUAAACUUUUAUAAAUAUAUUUCUAUGUUGAAAAUUCACAAACGGAAAAAAAAAAUGAUGUGGUUAACAUUAAAUGUUCAUUGUUAGAUUUUCAAGGCCUACUUAUAGAUAACAAGAAUCUUUUAGCACUGAAACUAUGUCAAUGUAUUAUACUUGCUGUUGAUACAAUAACUUAACUUUAAAUACUUUGUGAAAAAAAUGAAUGAAGCUGGGUGAAGAAAAUACAAUUUUUUUGGCUACGUAUAAUUUCCAUUUUAUAUGUUCCUCCGAGUUGCAAUAAAACCCAGAAUUAAUAAGUCCAGUAUCAGUGCCUGAACUUCUAAAUAUAUUGCUUGCAUUAUGAAAUAUACAGGUGGGGGACAUUUUAAUGCAGUUUGUACAAAGUAAAAUAUUGUAAGUUAUAAAUAAAUAAAUCUGCCAGUUCUUAUGUUAUUUGUUACCCAUUUUGGGUGAAUUUAAUGUGAUGUACCGUUGUUAUAUACUGAAAGUAUAUUCCAAGAACCAUUGUUAAUACACGUUAUACAUUUGCCUUUAAAAAGGUUGAGUUGCUAAAAAUGAAAUUGACACAAUAAACUGUAAAGAUUUA